AUGGGUUGGUUGCAAAAGAUUCUCAUUCCCUUUUUGGGAUUGGUUUUGGCCUUCUGGUUCUAUUCUGCGAGGGAGAAUUUCAAACCGGAAAUGCUGAAAGGGAAGCGGGUGAUUGUCACUGGAGCAAGCACUGGGAUUGGAGAGGAGAUGGCUUAUCACCUGGCACGGAUGGGAGCCCACAUCCUGAUCACGGCACGGACAGAGGCCAAGCUCCAGAAAGUGGUGCAGCGGUGCCUGGAGCUGGGCGCAGCCUCGGCGCGGUACAUCAGCGGCACCAUGGAGGACACGGCCUUCGCCGAGCACGUGGUGAAGGAGGCAGGGACCUUGCUGGGAGGCCUCGACAUGCUGAUUCUUAACCACGUUGGCACAUCAUACUUUGGUUAUUUCAAUGGGGAUGUUGGACAUGUACGAAAGCUCCUGGAGAUCAACUUCCUCAGCUACGUGGCCAUGACCACGUCUGCCCUGCCCAUGCUGAAGGAGAGCGAGGGCAGCAUCGUGGUGGUUUCAUCCAUGGCAGGUAAAGUCGGGUUUCCCUUUACGGCCCCCUACUCUGCAACUAAGUUUGCCUUGGAUGGAUUUUUCAGCUCCCUGAGGCAGGAGUUCACCAUUCAGAGCAUUAAUGUUUCCAUCACACUCUGCAUCCUUGGCUUCAUCGACACGGAGAGCGCGCUGCGCGCCGCCGCGGAGCUGCUGUCGGUGUCGCCGGCGCCGCGCGCGCAGUGCGCGCUCGCGAUCCUGCAGGGAGCCGCGCUGCGGCGGCGGGAGCUCUUCUACCGGUACAGCUCGACCCGCCUGCCGCUGCUGCUGCGCGACUGGGCCCCCGCGCUGCUGGACCGCCUGGUGCGCGGCCGGUACCGCCUGGAGCGGCUGCAGCCGGCCCGGCCCGGCGAGAGCUGAGCGGCAGCGAGCGGGGAGGGUUGGCCGGGGCAACACCCUCCUCUGCCGGCGGAGACGGGACGUGCAGCCCGGGCCCCCCCGCCGGAACGGGCCGCCCCCCCCGUC